AUGGAAUCUAAUAAAAUAGAAGAUAAUUACCCGGUGUAUAAAAAAAAAUCACCGAAAAAGUGGUACAAUUUUCAAGUAAUUUCACCAAGUAUGGCAAUUUUACGCGGUAAUUAUUCGAUAUUUGAUAAACAUUUUAAAUUCGCAAGUCGUGGACUGCAAGCAACUGCGUGCUGUGUUGUCGCAAUUGUUUUCAGUCGACUAUUCAAACCAAAAGACUGGACUGAAGAUCUUGUUAACCAGGUCCUGGAACACGGAGACAAAUUAUUUCGCUUGAGCCAAUCCCGUAAUCGCAUAAAAUCUGGUACAUAUAUGACGACAAAAUUAGUGUAUCCAGAAUUUUUUAUAAACGAUUAUAAGGUUUGCAUUUACUGUGAGCCGAAUAAAGUGUGCGGUAAUUUAUUUACUGAGUCCGUGGGCUGCCCGGUGCUGGUAGAAGGGGUAAACAAAUUUUUGAAAGAUCACGAAGCGGGAAUAUUGACAACUCAAGGCAUUUCUGUCGCCAUCUGGCGGCAUACUUUAGCGCAAGAUGGAGGAUUGAAGUGUUGGUACUUUAACCCGGCGUCUUGCAAGGACUUGGUCCGUCGAGCCACUUCUCCAAACGACUCUGCUUGCCUUAUGCUCUUCAAAGAUAUAAAUGACCUCGUUGAAUUAUUUUUAAUGAAUAUAAAUCAGCCAUACGACUCCUCUUAUUGUAUUGACAAAGUAAUAAUCGUACGAAUUAAUUUAAUAAAUCGUUCAUUGCCCGACAAUAAAAGUAAAUUAACUGCCAAUAAAAAUGUCUACACGCGCAAUGAUAGAGCUGACGGGAAAAAUAACACGAUGACGACACGUAAUUUAAAAUUAAAAAAAAAUCAGCCUGUUGUCAAUACAGAGCCAUUAUCAAUCACAAUAUCUAAUUAUAAUAUUGACAUGGAUUUUGCACGUGAUCCAUUGAUCGAUCAAAAUAAUUUCGAUACUGGUUAUGAUUAUUAUGACAUGGAGGUCAAUAUUCCCUCGACAUUCCAUGAAUUGUCUCAAGGUCGGGCUAUUCUUCAUGGAUGGACCCAUGAAAUGAGCGAAGUAUACAAAGGAAAGGGAGCACAAAAUGUCGCCAACUGUAUCGCUGCAUUGGCAAUAAAGAAAAUUCACCCGGUAAGAACAUGGCUGCGCCCUAAACUCGAUGAAAUUUUGUCACUAGGUGACGCUCUGUACUUAGAGGUCAAGAAUACCAAUUCUGUUAAGCGCGCCAUCGAUUUCAAUGAUCGGAAAAUACAAGUAGAUGGAAGAAAUUUAUUUGUCGAUGUAGAUCUGAUGACUGUAACUGGUACUCUAGCCUCCAAGGUACCGGAAGUACUAAAUUUGAAGCAAGCGCUCGUUGAAUUUUUUCUGAUAAACACAGAAGGGGUUAUCGAGUGUUCGUCUAUGGCCACGGCCAUUUGGUCGCAAGAUGGCUGCUAUUAUCUAUUUGAUCCACGACAGUGUGAUGCAAAUGGCGGGCGAGUACGCGAGGAACCCAAAAGUCGCAAGCAGAAGAAAGAUUUGGAAGUUAAAAAAAAAGUCAAUGGUAAAUGUUGCGUCAUACGGUUUCCCACAAUUGAUUUAUUGGCAGAUAAUUAUUUAAGAAACGUGGAGACUAAUAAAAAUGACAGGUUUAUUGUCAGAAAUGUUAGUUUAGCAGAUGACGUACCCGGUACUAGAAAAUGGCGGGAGUUUGAACCAGGAGAAGCUGGCAGGACUUGGGUUCUACAAGGAACGAUUUCGAAUGAAGACGAGGACUUUGAAAAUGCCGGUAUGCAAGGAAUCGCGAUACCGGUAGUCGCGUUGAUUAACGCUCACAAAAUGGCGCCUCAGGAUUGGACCAAGAUGGCCGUUGAUCAAAUUAUACGAGACGGAGACGGUUAUUUCAAGUGGUGCAUUCCUGACGAUGACGUAGACGAACAAUUGACUCUCAGAAAUUUGAAACGUAACGUUUAUAUCAAUAAUCAGAGGGUUAAGAUCCGCGUUGACGAAGCUUCGGUAGUCGGUAAUUCAGCUGAUGGAUUUCCUGCUUUAGCUGAGGGCAUAAAAAAUUUUUUUACCGACCAUCAGUAUGGUAUAGUUGAAUUCCAGGACCAGGUGGUGGGAAUAUGGAAGUACGAUGAUCAGGUUCCUAAAGUAAAAGGCAAAGAUGCUGCUAAAGAAACGACUUAUUACUGUUUUGAUCCGAAUCCUCGUGGGCCGCGAGGAGAGAAAAAUUCUGAAGACGAAGAAGCUGCUUGUGUCAUUCGGGCCGUCGAUCCAGAAGAGCUCGCACGAGUGAUUGAGUCAAAUGCUGGGGAAGCUGAGUCUGAUGAAUUUUUCAUUCACGUAUUCGAGGUUGUGGAUAUCAGCGAUCCCAUGACUGCUGAAGAAAUAGAAGAAGAUAAGUCGAAGCCUGUUAAACCAGAAUUGGGCGCUUUCGCUGAAAUUAAUGAAGACAGCGCUUGUUUGUACGGAAAUGUUGAUAAAGAUGAUAAAUCCCAAGCUGCCGUUGCUCUCGUUACUCUCGCUAUGACUAAAUUGUACAGCCCUUUCUUGUGGACACGAGAAGUCGUCGAUGAUAUAGUGAAACUAGGCUCGAAAAUUGCGGAAAGCAACGUCGAAAAUUUGCCAGAAGAGGAAGAAGCCAGAACUUAUUUACUGCCUCGGGAAGUUGAUGACUUUGAUAUUGGCGUCAACAGGAUCAGUGUUGAAGUGGAAGAAAACGCUACCGGAACUUCAGACAACUUAGCUACGAUGCUUCAAGAAUUUUUAACAAAAAAUCCUGCGGGAAUUCUACGCCAAGACAAUAUUAUGCUGCCCAUUUGGAAAGAGGGAGACAUUUUCUUUACUUUCAACCCUAGUUCUAAUCCAGAAGCCAAAGAAAACGCUACAGUAUUUUGGUUCACGAAUUUAGCAGCCCUAGUUUCAAAUCUUCAGCAAACAUUUGAUAACACCGCGAGCAUUGUUCUAGACUCAGUGAGUUUAGAGAGCGAGUACGAAACAAGAGUCGCCGAAAACGAGCGUCCGAAACCAACGACAUCAGAUGAAACUCUGUGGCAUAAUUUUCCAAAGAUUUCUGAAGGAGUUUGGCAGCUCCUGGGGAACACUUCUGUGAGUGAUGAGAAGUUCCCACCUGAAAAUCAUGGGAAUCAAACAGCCGCGUUAGCGAUAAUGGCAGUCAUCUUUUCCAAAGUCUACGAGGCUCGUUGGUGGACGAAAGAAAUCGUCGACGAAGUUGUCGUCACUGCUGACAAACUUCACAGCAAAUCUGUUGAACGUCUAGGAAACGUUUUAAACCCGAGGGUUAAUCAAAUAAUUCCUGAGUUCUUUUUAUCCAACCGACGGUUAGAUUUGACUGUUCGCGAUUGCGUCGAAUCAGGAAAAGUGGAUUCUAAGUUAACUUCAAUGAACACUCUGAAAAAAGGCUUAGAUAGUUUCUUUCAAGAGUUUAUUUCCGGAGCUUUGACAAUCGGAGACGUUCACAUCGGGAUUUGGAAGUCAAAAGAGUAUUUUAUUCUCUUGCCUGAUGUUCCUAAAUUUAAAGCUGAUUCUACGGUUGAUAAAAUUCGAGCCAUGCGUUUUGCGACUACCGAUCAUUUAGCGAAUUACUUGAGUAAUUUUGUUGACGAAGAAGAAGACUAUGAAAUCCAUGCAAUAGAUGUGAUUGAUUGGAACAAAUUACCCCCUUGGAAGUAUGAUCCCAGCCCAGCAGUUCGUCCUUCAAAUUUGCCGGCUUUGAAUGCCUACCGUCAACUACUUCCAGCGCGCGCAAUUCUACGAGCAGGAAUCCAUCAAUCAUCAGAUAUCUUUCCUCCGUCAAUCAGAAAUCGUCAGACCGCUUCCAAUUGUGUGGUAGCGCUCGCGAUGUCUGUCGUCAAAAAUUCCCUCACCUGGACCAAGAAAACUCUAGACGAAAUCUUAGCGAUCGGAAGUAAACUUCAUCGCGAAUCAUCAAAAGCUAAAUCAGUAAAAGAUAAAAUAAAACCUACUGACGUGAUCAGAGUUUUUCACGUCGGCGUCAAUGCUCUGACAGCCGACGUGGAAGUAACGGUGUCCGGGUUGGUCGGAAUCGCACCUCCAGAGCCAGAAGAAAAGGGAAAGAAGCCCAAGAAGCCAAAACCUACGGGGAAGGGAAAGAAGAAAGUCAGGGAACCACCGCCUGCAGCAGCGCCACCUUUGAUCCAAGAAGGGAUCGAAUCAUUCUUUGAGGGGAACAACGCGGGAAUUUUGAAAGUAAAUAAUUACAUGGUAUCUCUGUGGAAAGAUCACGGGGUUUAUUUUCUGUACGACCCACGGGCAAGAAAUGACCAGGGUUUGAAAUGCUCUGAUGGGGUCGCCUGCGUUAUGUGGUUCGCAUGCUUAGAGCCACUUUACGAUACAAUUCUAUCAAAUAUUGACGAGGAUGAUAAGUUCGGAAGCUACGAAAUCUACCGGGUGAUAAUUAAUACAUUUAUUGUUGAAUCUCUUCCGAGUCCGGUUGGUUUCCAAGCAUUUGCCGACUGUCCGCAAGCAGAAACUGCUCUAGGAACCAAGCAGAUGAAGACAGUCGACGUCAAAACGGUCACGGAAUUUGUCCAGGUUGACAAAGACCUGAGCGUAUUGAAAGGAAAUCGUCAUAUGAACAGUCCGGGGUUCGAUUUAACUAGUAGAGGUUAUCAGAGUACUGCAAUCGCGGCGGUUGCUAUUGUGGUGGCUGUUCUUCAUGUUCCCAGCACCUGGACAUCAGAUUUGAUCGAUGCUAUUAUCAAAUAUGGAGAUGUCUUGCAUCGAGACUCGGCGCGAAUAAAACGCGCGGGUUUGAUAAAUCUUUCGCCUACGGAAUUACUCAGUACUUUUAUUGUGGGCGACUUUAGGGUGAGUCUGAGUAUUGACGGGAACAUGGCAGCAGGAAUUUUACUGGUGCAUGACCUGGCACAAGCACUUGGAGUUUUCUUUAAAAAUAACUGCGCGGGUAUUCUUCACACGAUAAAUUUUGCGGUUGCAGUUAUGCAGCAUUAUGGGAAAUUCUAUAUGUUUGAUCCAAGUGAGUGUGAUAAAUUUGGAAGGUCUUAUUAUCUUGAUGACGUAGAUGUUGAUGGUGAUGAUGAUGAUGAUAAUAGGGAAGGUAGAAGUGCAAGUGGAGGCGCUUGUGUAGCCAAGUGUGAGAAUAUAAUGAGACUGGCGAAAAUUUUUGUUGAUAAUUGUAAUUAUAAGGUACCGUGUGUUUAUACCAUCAAUGCUGUGAAUGUACGAAGUAUUCAAUUUUUUUCAAAAUAA